GAAAAAUAGAAGAAGCUCCUGAAAUAUCAAAAAAAUUACGCAUUUGUCAUAUACUGACAGAAAACGGAUGUGUGUACGCUAUCCGAGCGUUGGGUGCUACGUUCACUUUAGAGUAAAAGUGCAUCCGGAUGAAUAUUUCCAAUGCCUUAUUGACGCGAUUCAAACAAUCUCAUUUUAUCUAUGUCAGCAUGUACUGCGCUCAUGUGUAAUUAAAAUUUUCGCUAUUCAAAAUUUAAUUCACAUACAACGGUUUGCCGUUGUAUUCAAUAUUACCUUAAUGAUUGAAGGCAGUAAUUUCUGUAUGCCGUGAUGAUUUAAACAAGCAAAAGACUGUCAGACCAGUAAUUGAAGUAUACGGCCUCGAGCAAAAUAUCAUAUAAGUGUCUUGUGUCUAUAUGCUUGCCUAUUGUGUUUUAUAUUAUUUAUAAUGAAAUUUCACCAAAUAACUGUGAAGAUUAAUAGAUGAAUGAAGACUGUCUGCUUAUGAAUAAGUUGUUUGAUUAAGUAAACAAUUAUCUAUUAAGCAUGGCUUAAAUUUAUAUUAAUUGCGAAGUUGUUUAAUUAUCGUUAUACAAUGGACGAUAAAUCAUUUUAAGUUGAAUUUUGAUAACUGUAAAAUUAUUUUUUUGCAAGCGGCAAAAUUGUAUGAGAAAAGAAAAGCAAUUUAGAGCCUCGCAGUAAGGCGCACAAAGUGGCGCGAGCUAGGACGCACCGUUGUAAAACCAGCCUAAAAUAAAAAGCCGCUACACCGCCGCGGCGCGCGUUCCCGCACAUACAUCUCUUGUUUCUUGCUCGGACGACGCGUCUCUCUCUUUCUCUCUCUUUCUUUUUCUCUUCUUUUUCUCUUUCUCUCACUCUCUCUCUCUCUCUCUCUCUACGAAAAAAGAGACACAGUUGUCGCCUAUUCAUUCGUUGAUUUAACUCCAUUUAUACAAAGAAUUUAUACAAAGAUAGGAUACAAGCAAGGAUAUGUCAGCGACCAAAAGAAAAAGCAACUCUACCAAAAGUAAAGGCAAGAACAGUAAACGUAAGGUCGAGUAUGACGAAGAGGACAUUUCGAGCGAGCACGAAUCCGAUGUGGAAGACGAACAUCAGCUGAAUGCCGAUGGCGAUGAUGCCGUUGAUGACGAUCUCGCUGAUCUUUCCAGUAUUCCCGAGCUUAAAGCACCUGAGGGUGGAUGGGGAAAACCAGGAACUAUGUUAAUGUGUGGACUCUCAAACUGGGAUAUAGCUGGUAGAAAAGCACCACCUAAGGGUGUAAAAGUAAAUAUUGGUCGCAGUUUAUGGACACCUCAUACUUUUAAAAAUUUGAAUGGAUCUAGAGUAAAAAUUAUUGCAUCGGGACCUGCUGCUUCUCAUAGCGUUAUUGUUACAGAAGAUGAUAGAUGUUUAGUGUUUGGUAGAAAUGAUAAAGGUCAAUUGGGUUUGGGUGAUACAAAACGUCGAGAUGACCCAACAGAAGUGGAAGCUCUAAAAGGCCACACUGUUAUUGGAGCAGCUUGUGGACGUGGACACACACUGUUUUUGACUAGUCGUGGAUUAGUUUUUGGUGCAGGUGACAAUAAGUUAGGUCAAUGUGGUGUUGGAAAAACAGAUCCUAUGAUCCUUACUGCUACAAGGUUAAAGUACUCUGGUCCUCCUAUUGUCAAAGUACGCUGUGGAGCUGAUUUUUCUAUGAUAUUAGAUAUCAAAGGUGGCUUGUACUCUUUCGGAUGCCCAGAAUAUGGUGCUCUUGGUCAUAACACGGAUGGAAAGUAUUUUAUUACCAGCACAAAGCUAGCAUUCCACUUUGAGAAGGCACCUAAGCGAAUUUUAGUCUAUGUUGAAAGAAGUAAGGAUGGACAUGUCACUCCGAUUGAUGAUGUAGAGAUUGCAGAUUUUAGUUGUGGAUACAAUCAUACAGUAGCUAUAGACAGUAAAAAUCGUGCCUACUCCUGGGGCUUUGGAGGAUUUGGUCGUCUUGGUCACAAUGAGCAACGCGACGAGCUUGUCCCAAGACUCAUCAAAUUUUUGGAGCCACCCAAUCGCGGUGUCAAGGCAGUCUCUUGUGGCAGUACUUUUAGCAUUGUUCUUAAUGUACACGGAUCUGUAUUGCUUUUCGGUCAAUCUAAGCGCACUGGAGAAGCUAAUAUGUAUCCAAAACCCAUUCAAGACCUAUCAGGUUGGGAUAUAAGAUGUAUUGCUUGCUCGCAGACUAGCGUUGUUGUAGCUGCCGAUGAUUCUGUUAUUGCUUGGGGUUGCAGCCCGACAUUUGGUGAACUGGGUUUUGGUGAAAUGAGAAAAUCUUCAACCACUCCAAUGGAAGUGAAAGCUUUAGAGGGAUUGUAUAUUACAUCUGUAACAUGUGGACUCUCCCAUACGUUGAUGAUCUGUCGUGAUGAGUCGGAAGAAGAGAAGGCUAAGAUAGCAAAGCUUCAAGAAUAUUCAGUUUAAAGCAGUCUAAGGUCAAAUAGAAAUCCAUACCGUAUCGGUACAAUGUUUUUUGCUUGUACCUCCUUGUUUUUAACGAGAGGAUAUUAGCUUAAGACGUGGCCUUAGAUUGAAACAUCUGAGUUCAUAAAAACAACGAUAAAUCAUCUUACUAACAUAAUUAUUCGAUAAGUUUGCGCUGUUUGAAGAGGAAUUGAUUGAUCCAGGCAGGGAUUCUCUUAACAAUCCGUCUAAGAAGUAGUCUGAAAUGUACCUUUGUACCAAUUUUGAUGAAUAUAAUAAUAUAUCUUUUCUACGUUCUAAAAUUAUAUUAGCUUACGAUAUUGCGUGUGUUUCGUAAUUAGAUUUCUUCGUAAAAUAUUUAACAAUUAUUAUUUUCCUUAAUUAUUGUUUAUUCAAUAAUAAUAUGCGGAUAUUUUAUCUAUUUUGUAUUAGUCUAUUUAAAACGUACAUAAUUUUAAUUACUUUUCCACUUGUACUUCCAUUCUAGUAUACUUAAAAUACGCGAAUGAACAUCGAUUAUAAAAAAAGUCCGUUAUUUGGUUAUUAGCUACAGGAUAUAAACCAAACAAAUAACAAAUCAUAUAUUUUGAUACGUUGCUAUUUUAUCAACCUCCACUCUGACGACAUAGAAGAAGAGUACGGCAAAAUAUGCUGGUAGUAUUAAUUCUUGUUAUUAUCAUUAUUAUUAUUUGAAUCGUUCUGUUCACUUUCAUUUUAUGUCUCGGUAUAUUAGUUGUAUUCUGCCAUUUAAAAUCUGAAUAUCUCGCAUAAUAUAUAAAAAUGAAAUUAAAGAUUUUCUAUCAUUUUCAUAUAAUUUACUAGAUAGAACAUAAUUGUAAAUAUUAUAUUAAUUUUUCAAGCUAUGCUAUACAAGAGAAUAAAUAAUUCUGUGAUAAUAAAAUUGAUACUGAUUGGUAAAAUUAAGACUUGGAAAGAUAAAAAUAAAUAUAUUACGAAACUUGGAUUGAAACCCAGCAUAGCUUGCGAACGUACCUUACAAAUAAUUAUAUAAGGGCAGAGUGUUUUUGUUAAAUAUUACAUUAAUACAUUUCACAAUACUUUCAACAUAUGUCAUAUGUCGUUGUUUAUAUUACAUCAUUACACAUUUAUAGGGUAGCUCGACAUUAUUGUACUUUGAUUUUACGAAAAUUGAAAGUAAUGUGCAAAUAAGCGAAGCUCCCUGUAAUAUCAUAACUUGAUGAUCUAUGUAAACGUGCAGUAUUUAUUAAAAUUAUAAAAGUAUCACGGAUCUUUUCAAUCGCGUUUUCACGUGCAUGAAAAUGAAAUAUAUGCUGUAGAAUCCACGCUAGAGUUGUAAUUACUUGGGCAGUCUUUGAUAUGAUAUAAUUUUAAGGAGAUACUUUUUUAUUUUUGUGAUCAAUAUUUUGUGUCGAAUUGAAAAUAGAAAAUAUUUACACUGCAUAGACGGGCGUUUGUCAGCGUCUUAUGAGACGUGAAAUUCUGAUACUUGUUUAUUCCAAUAAAUAUCUGCUCAUAUUGAGUGCGUUUAUUGCGCUCGGAAUAUUUCCAAAUAAAUGUAACAAAUGUACGAGAUCCAUGAAUAUAAUAAAA